CUUCAAAUAAAGCGGACUCAUCAUCCUGUUGUGGAUGGUUUUCGUUUUCCGGCCAGUCCUGCUGUUUGGCCGCGCCACGACAACUCUUGCUAUCGCAAGAAAAAAGCGUUACAGUUACACAUUGUGUUGCAGGCCAAGCAAGACAGACAAGCUCUGUCUUGCCGGAUAUGCAUAGGAGCCUCGUUUCAUGGGUGUUUUCCCGUAGAAAUUCUGCAUUACCUCUCAUGCAGAGAAAUUUGUGUUGCUGAAUUCACGUACAAAUGUGUAACUGUAACACUUUUUUCGUGGGAUACUUGCUGUACCCAUUUUAUUAUCUGUUCCGGGAUGACCACCAGACGCAGAGGAAGAACGGCUAUGGAUUGCAAAAAUGUCUGGGUCUGGAAGAUUGCAACUUGCCAUGCUAAAUCCGAAUCAUGCAGAAAUCUGUGUUGCAUGAGUGGCAAAAACUGUCCACUUUCGACCAAGUUUGGAGAGAGUUUCUCAUGCAGGAUAGGCAUGUCAGAGACCUCACAGACUCUGUCAUGCUAGGUCCCGCAUUCCAGACCUCAUGGGUCAUGGAAAACCUGCAUGACAAGUUUACACUCUUCCAGACCCAGACAUUUUUGCAUUUGAUAACGGCAGUAGCAAGACUACAAAAUCGCGCAAAUCCUCGCGCUAUCAAAUGCAAAAGUGUCUGGGUCUGGAACAAGAUUCCGAAAUUUGUCAUGCUAGUCUGGCAUGACUCUGAACUCUGUAUUGCAUGGGCGCGAAGAGCUCCUUCUCCCUGUCAUGCAAAGAUGCAGUUUCUCAUGCAGAAUACGAAACUCAGAACCAUGAAAAAAACUUGUUAUUCCUGGCAGCGCACUACAGUGAGCUCACUAUUGCCUUCCUUGCAUCACAAGUUUCCAGACCCAGACACUUUUACAUUUGAUACGCGCCCGAAAUGGAUGGACAGCAUCGUGCUGAAGUACUGUCCCUACUGGCUAUCCAGGACAAAACACCCAUCCCCAUCCAUUUUUUGCAUGACAAGCACGGGACUUUAUGCAUGCUUUGCAUGACAAAUUGGAUGGGGAGGGGUGUUUUUUUCUGGAUGCUGGCGUAUGGUUCUCUACCCCUGCUUGCUGUUCCACCAACUGUGCCGAAAAAACACGAAGCUCACCUAUCAAAUGCAAAUAUGUCUGGGUCCUCUGGGAGAUUGCAAGAUUUAAUGUCGUGCUAGUCUGGCAUGACUCUGAGCUCUGUAUUGCGUGUCCGCGAGGAGGUCCUCUUGGCUGUCAUGCAAAUAAAGCGCAGUUUUAGUUUGUCAUGCGGAGUACGCAACUCAGAGCCCCCGCGGAAAAACUUGUCAUGCUUGGCAGCGCAUUGCAGUGUGCUCACAACUGUUCCCUGCCUUGCAUCACAAGUUUCCAGACCCAGACAUACUGAUUUGCAGUUGAUAUCACCGGCUGGCGAGUGAUUUACCUGCUCGACUUUCUCGCGAUCUGGGUUACGCUCACGAUUCAGCAGCCCCGGCUGUUUGAUUUGAUGCACGAAUUUUACUUUCACUCGCCGGAGUGCAGGAGCCAAGGUGGGGUAGGAGUGGAGGACGAGGAGGUCGACAACAUCAGCACUACAACUGGACGUCG